CGGGCCCCGGGGCAACCGGCUUAGCUGUGCAGGUUGCGAUCCCGGGAGACCAGAAAGACCUAAAUUGCGGAGACCGGAGGCGGGUACCGAGCUGAGUCCUCCGGCAUGUGCGGGCGGAGUGACCUGAAGAGGAGAGAUUGUGGGGUUGUCAGUGAGAGAGAUUGUGACACUGCGACAUGUGUGCAGUUCUACCCUUCUCCAGGUGAGGUGUGCAGAAGAAAAGGAAGGAAUACAUGAUGAACUGCUACAGGGGUCAGUGAUGUUCAGGGAUGUAUCUAUAAACUUCUCUCAGGAGGAAUGGGAAUGCCUGGACUCUGGUCAGAUGAAUUUAUACAAAGAAGUGAUGUUGGAGAAUUUCAGCAACCUGGUUUCAGUGGGUCUUUCCAGUUCUAAGCCAGCUGUGAUCUCCUUAUUGGAACAAGGAAAAGAGCCCUGGAUGGUUGAAACAGAAAUGAAAAGAGGCCUUUGUUCGGGAAGAAGCUGGGAGCUGGGGCUUUUUCCCACUUGCUCUGCAUUAAACUGGGGGAGGAGCUCUGAUCUGGAAUCAAUGUGUGAGACCAAGAUACUAUCUCUAAAGAAGAGACAUUUUAGUCAAGUAAUAUUUAUCCAUGAAGAAGACAUGCCCACUUUUAUUCAGUCCACGUUUCUUACUCCACAUCAAAAAACUAUUAAUGAAGAGAAACCCUGUGAAUAUAAAAUAUGUGGAAAGACCUUUAAUCAGAACUCACAAUUUAUUCAACAUCAGAGAAGUCAUUCUGCUGAAAAACUCUAUGAAUGUAAGGAAUGUGGGAAAUCCUUUAGUCGUGGCUCACUUGUUACUCGACAUCAGAGGAUUCACACUGGUGAAAAACCCUAUGAAUGUAAGGAAUGCGGCAAGGCUUUUAGUUGUAGCUCAUAUUUUUCUCAACAUCAGAGGAUUCACACUGGUGAGAAACCCUAUGAAUGUAAGGAAUGUGGAAAAGCCUUUAAUUAUUGUUCAAACCUUAAUGAUCAUCAAAGAAUUCACACUGGUGAGAAACCCUACAAAUGUAAAGUAUGUGGAAAAGCCUUUACUAAGAGUUCACAACUUUUUCCACAUCUGAGAAUUCAUACCGGUGAGAAACCUUAUGAAUGUAAGGAAUGUGGGAAAACCUUUACUCAACAUUCAAGACUUAUUCAACAUCAGAGAAUGCAUACUGGUGAGAAACCUUAUGAAUGUAAGGAAUGUGGGAAAGCCUUUAGUAGUACCUCAACACUUACUAAUCAUCACAGAAUUCAUGCUGGCAAGAAACUCUAUAAAUGUAAAGAAUGUGGAAAAGCCUUUAUUCAGAGCUCAGAACUUAUUCAACACCAGCGAAUCCAUACAGAUGAAAAACCAUAUGAAUGUACUGAAUGUGGGAAGGCCUUUAAUAAAGGCUCAAACCUUACUAGACAUCAAAGAAUUCAUACUGGUGAGAAACCCUAUGACUGUAAGGAAUGUGGAAAGGCCUUUGGUAGUCGUUCUGACCUCAUUCGCCAUGAAGGAAUUCAUACUGGGUGAAUGAUGAGCCCUUUUGAUAAUCUUUAUAAUAACAUUUUUAAAAACAAGUAAUUUUUUAAAAAGCCCAGAUAAUGCAUGAUCAGAAGUUCUCCUGUAUUGUAGUUUUCUAGGGCUCCUGUAAUAAAGUACCAAGUGUGACAAAACUGGGUGACUUAAAACGACAAAAGUUUAUUCUCAGUUUUGAGAAAGAGAAAGCCCACCUUGUCCCACCUCCCAGGGGGAAUGGGGGUGGGUUUGAGAAGCACUGGUGAAAUUUACAGUCCAGUGGCACAGUUUCACCAAAAGACUGAGACCUAAUCAUAGGACUAUAAAAUGCUUCCCUUCCCCUACACCUUACCACCACAUCACUAAAGGCCUAUUUACCAGUGUUACUUUUACCUAGUACACCAUGCCCAGCUUUCAACAAAAAAUUAGAAGGCAUACAAAAAGGCAAAGAACACAAUUUGAAGAAGCGUAGUAAGCAUCAGAACCAUACUCAGACAUGUCAAUAAUGUUGGAAUUAUAAGACUGGGAAUUUAAAACUGAUUAAUAUGCUAAGAGCAGUAAUAGGAAAAGUAUAGCAUAUGCAAGAAAAAUGGGAUGUAAGCAGAGGGAUGCAAGUUCUCAGGAAGAAUCAAAGGCAAUACUAAAGAUCAAAAAUAUUUUAACAAAAAUGAAGUAUGCCUUGGAUGGACUCAUUAGUAACUGGACUUGGCUGGGGAAAGAAUUGCUGAGCUUGAUGAUAUGUCAAUAAAAACUUCCAAAAACUGUAAAUUGAAAAGAAAAAAAAAACAUUUAAUAACAGUACAGAAUAUCCAAGAACUAUGGGAUUCCCGAGUGAUUCCCACAUGACUGUCUCUUGAUUCCAAUGUGGUCAUCACAUGAUUUUCUCGUGGCUGCCAUGUGAUUCCCGAGUGACUGCCAAGUCAUGGUACCAGUGUGACCACUAGGUGAUUCUGUGUGACUUCCCAUGUGAGCGAUGUGUGAUUUUCAGGGGACAGUCGUGAUUUUUGGUGCCCCUGCCACAAAGCAAGUUCCUGAAGAAGCACGGAUUACACCUCAAAGCACCAAUAUGGCAGCUGCCAGUGCUGCUGGUCAAGCAAGUUCACUCCAAAUAGAAGCGACCUCAGGCCCAGAAUUUUGAGCAGUGUGGCAGCCGCUGCCACUAGAGUAAAGCAAGUUUAUUUAGAACGCACGUCAGCUACACCCCGAAUGGCCAAUAUGUCAGCCACAGGUGCCCUAAAGCAAGUUUUCUCAGAACAGACCUAGCCUACCACCACUAAGUGACAAAAUGGCAGUAGGUGGUGCUGCUUCCAUAAUGCAAGUUUUCUCAGAACUGACCUGGAUUCACCCUGGAAGUGGGAGCAGUGUGACAGCCAUUGCCACUGCUGUAAAGCAAGUUCCCUUAGAACAGAAGUGGCCUGUACCUGAAGCACCAGUAUCGUGGCCAUCGGUGAAGCCAAGAAUUAUGACACCUGCCCUUCCCAUGGCUGAGAUUUCUUCACUCACACAGCCACUGGGUUCCCCACCUCUGUCCCCCACCAAUACACACGUGGGCAGGAGGGAGUGAGGCCAGACUAGUAUGUAACAUCCCACCACCUUAAAAAUGGAGAGAUUCAGCAUGUCCCACUCCUUGAACCACUGAAUGGGCAUCAGGUAUUGGGGGAAAUUGGCUGCCUCCACUUCACCUUCUGAUUCUGCACCCAGAUUGUCUUUGUCCUCACAGUUGACCUUGAGACUCCCACCCCAGGCACUUGUGCAAAGGCCUCAGGUAAGACGAGGACAAACCAUUCCAAUUUAGGUCACCACAACAGGUAAUGGGCAUUGGCUGCGGAAUGAGGUUCUCCAGGUCUGGCUGAGCCAAUGGUAGCAGAUAGGACACAGAAAUGUGUCAGUGUGACCCGGGGGCAGAAGGAACUACAAUUUGCAGAAGCCUCUGGGAGAUUUCGCCCAAUGGGGUGGGUUUGGAGCAGAGGGAGGGGGCAUACUGCAACCAGAACACUCAGGCUCUCUAAGCCCAGUCCUUCAGCUCCAGCACUGUAGGCUUUAAAUGAUACAGAGAAUUACAAUAAUUAACAGCAACAGCACAAAGGCGUGAGUGGUACUAAGGU